UUAGUGUAACCUGUGCUGUGUUGUAAUUUUUGAUAAGAAAAUACUGGUAACACUUUUUGCCUAAUGUGUCGUGGAAAGGCGAAAUAGCCGAUAAUCUUUUUAUUUUUGGUUUUCUGUCUUGAUUGCUGGUAAAAUGAUGGAUGGUGGCGUAGUACACCCACACCCUGGCCAAGUUCUUGGCGGGGUUCCUGGAGUGGUGCACGGGAUGCCGGUGCAUGGGGCGGGUCCAGACGGGGAGCAUCCACCACACGGUCCUCGAAGGCGUUACCCAAACAGGACCAAACCUCCCAAUAACUUGGAGCGACUGCCAUUAGAUGAAGCUGCAAAGAGGGAAAUGGAGUCCCUUCCCAUGAAGACACCGGUCUCCGUUCUGCAGGAGCUCUUGGCUCGCCGGGGAACUGUUCCUAAGUACGAGUUGGUGCAGAUUGAGGGCAUGAUCCAUGAGCCUACAUUCCGCUACAGAGUUACCGUGGCUGAUUUAGUGGCUAUGGGCACUGGUCGUUCAAAGAAGGAAGCGAAGCACUCUGCCGCUAAAGCCUUGCUGGACAAGCUUACUGGCGCUGCCCCUGCAGAUCCUGCUGCCAAUGGGAAUGUGCCUGAGACUGGUGCUGUGGUGGCAUCCUUUGAAGACAAGUUGAUGGGCAACCCUGUGGGUUGGCUGCAGGAGUUGUGCAUGUCUCGGUUCUGGCCGCCACCCUCCUACCACGCCGAAAACGAUGAUAAUGUCAACAGGCGUCUUCCACAUGAGCGUCAGUUUACUAUCAUUUGCACGUUGCUCAAGCGCCGCGAAGUCGGAACUGGGAAGUCUAAGAAACUGGCCAAACGCCAGGCCGCUUACAAAAUGUGGCAAGCUCUCCAGGACAACCCGCCUGAUGUUUUCCAGCCUGAGGAAGAGGGCGGAGUCGCGGCCCGUUAUGCCGACUUGAAAGAUAGUAAAAUCUCCACUUUGACUACCAGUCACAGCCACAAGGUGUCGCAGUUUCACAAACACCUCAAACAGUCUGUCGGGCCCAACCUGGCCAAGUUGCAGGUCACUCCAUUGAACAACAAGGAUUUCAACUUCGUGCAAUUUUUGCAAGAGAUCGCUUCAGAGCAGUCGUUUGAAGUGACUUAUGUUGACAUUGACGAGAAAUCUAUGACGGGCCGCAACCAGUGUCUGGUACAGCUGUCUACUCUGCCGGUGGCGGUGUGCUACGGAUCUGGACUUACCUCGAAAGAUGCCCAGUCGUCUGCUGCCCAGAACGCCCUUGAGUAUCUCAAAAUUAUGACCAAGAAGUGAAAGUCUCACAAUCUCGCGACAUCAAAACACGCUUAGUGCUCGACUAUGCGUCUUAUUUAUAAAGCCCACUGAUAAAGUAAUAAAUAUAGGUACGCCAAUAUUGACACUUGCGAGCUUGUGCAAUUGGUGUCGCUAGGUUUUGAGCCUAAAAUAUUCUUCAUCACCACUUCCCAUUUGAAUAAUGGCAUAUUGCCAUGUGCCUAAAGCACUUCGGGCUAUGCUUUAUAACUGGCAUAUUUGCAGUAUCUUACUUGUGAUUCGUUUUUUUUAAGUAAGUUGAAUGAAAUAGUAUUUUUUUUUAAUUUUCUUCGCUUACCAUAAGUAUUCAUGAAUUUAAUUUUUUUUUAUUCAUUUUACUUUCGAUUUGUAAAUAAAAGAAGAGAUAUAUGGAAAUCAAUUUUUAAUACAAACAUCUUGGAUCUUAAUAUUAGUUGCAUAAUCUUGACAAUGUUAUUAAUUACACCUAUUUAUUUUUGUUUUUAAAAUAUAACAAGUGAGUUCUCACUUGUACUACUACUGCCAAUGUGCGAGGAUAAAUUGCAUAGCCCGUUAAACUUAAACAAAGUAUGGAGUGGUCAUAUAAAAAUACAUACAAGCUAUACUUUGCAUAGAAUUAGUGUAAUUUUCCCAGCGUGGAAAUUACUUAAGAAAAAAUAAAUAAAAAAAAACAAAAAAAUCUAUAAAAUAUAUUAAAAAAAAAAAAAAAAAAUGUGUGGACUAUAUUUCCAGUUUAAUAUUCAGCAUAAUAAUUUAGGCAUGUUUUUGCAUUCAUAUUUAACUGAUUAUACCUACUACUUACCCAAAAGUCGGUCUUAGCUUUUAAUGUAUAUUGUAAACAUGGCAUAGCCAUUCCUCUUAAUUUUCUUUUUCGUUUUUACAGGCGUCUACUUGUGUUUUAUAAAAUUAGUUAGUUUGGUGUGUUACGGAGUUAUCUUAAUGCUGAGCAUUAAACGGAAAAAGUAUUCUCAGCUUGUAUAUUGUCUUGUUGACGAACUGCCCAACCUUUGCUUUGUAACAAGAUCCGAGAACACAGUCGACCCACUUGAACUUCUUACAAAGUGCAAGGGUUGGUACUAGCGAAUGUUACGCGUGACAUUUGUGUUAAGAGGCAGGAUAAGAUUGUUUUUAUUUAAAUUGAACCAGUGGCUGUCUAGGUUUUCUUUUAUGUACAUGUUGGAAAACUUUGCAGGGAAGCUGAGAACUAUGUGUUUAGAGUGAAUAUAUCACUGGAAUUAGUGGUUGCGGAGUUAGGAUCCCUUGCCUGUGAAAAUGGGCAUUAUUUUAAUGCAAAGUAUAGAGGUUGUAACAAUUUCUACCUGUACAGUGUCGUCGUCGAUGCUUGAUUUGCGGGCAAUGACGAGGAUCCUGCACGCACCAAGUUUCUUUUAAAUUGAAUGGUGUGAGUUCAACCUGCCCUUGAUAAACAUCGCACUGUUCAAGUUAGAAAAGACUAACUGGAGUAAAGGAUUGGAGUUCUGUUCAACCAAGACCAACUAAAUAAAAUGCCCGGUCAAUGGGACAUAUUUCAUCGUAUUAUUUUAUGUUUAGUGAGUCUUGGUUUUACUGUUCUUGAGAUUAAUCUCAAGAAUAUUAGUAUUGUAGAAAAUCAUCACUAUUUAUUAUGAACCUUUAUCUCACUUCUUGCCUAUUUGUAUAAUUGUAAUAAAUAAGAAAACUUUUUGUGAACGUAAUUAUGUAAUAAAUUUUUUGCUAUGCAUUAUUUCUGCUCUUAACUUCAAUAAAAUUUCGUGUUGCUUGAA